AUGGUCAUCUCUCGACUGCUGAUCAUUGGGCUAGGAGCAUUGUGGAUCCUGGCGUUGUUGUUGAUCGGAGGGGUCUUCGGCGCCGAUGCAGCGAGCGUGCCGAUACCUGGUUCUGUCAAUGCCGACCCUGAGCCUAGUACUGCCCAAUACCGGAUGUCCAUGCUCAAAGAAGGUCUCGAGUUGCACCUGAGGGGGGAGCACGCAGGUGCGGCGAGGACGUACUCGCGGCUGCUAGAGGUCAUGCCCAAAGACCCGGACGGACUACACCUGCUAGGUCUGUCGCUAUAUAGCCAAGGGAUGAUCCUACGCGGUGCUUCGGAAGGGGACGGCGACUCACAAGCUUUGCUCUGUGAAGCUGAUCAGCUCGUGAGAUCGGCUAUUUCAGUGGCGAACAGUAAGAAAAGCGAAUUAUUAAUGAGGAGCAACUUGGGAGAAAUCCUUCGGGCAAAGGGAGACUUGGAGGAAGCGGAGGCGGCGUUGAGGAUGGUCGUGGAAGAACAAGAAGCGACAGGCGUGCGGGAUCAUCAGGCGUCGUUCAACCUCGCCGUCACACUCGUGGACAUCAUCCGACGAAACGACUCCUCGCGAAGGCAUCGACUCGUGUCUGAUAGCCACGCCGAGGACCUUGCCGAUGAAAUGUCCGAGAACAACCACGAUGAGUGGUUGAAGCGAUGGGAGGCCGAAUACCUACUCAAACUGGAUCUAUCCAACCGCCCUGACAACCUGCGAUCGAUGCUGGACCUGGUGGUGGUUUUGAAGAGCAACUGGGAUCUCGAUCCACACAUGGAGCGAAUUCGGGUCGACGCGAGAGAAGCAACUCGUCCCGAUGAGAGUAUCGAUGGCAGAAGCGGCACAUUCUACAAUGAAGACAACGAUCGUCACGGGAACGUUGUUUUGCAGGAGGACGAAGGGCAGCAGCGGAAACCUGGUUGGGGUGAAGAGGCCUUGGUUUGGCUCAACCGGGCGCUUCUUCUUGACCCUUCGGAUGCGAGCGUUGCCCUGGAAGUCGCUGUUGCGUUGCACCGCUUAGGAAGAACCGAAGAGGCACGAGGCCGACUCACAGAGGUUUUGGAAAUGGAGGGAGGACAACACGGAACCACCCGCGACUUCGCAAGGUCUAACUUGGCUGUGUUGAAGCAAGAAAGCGGAGACAUACCUGGUGCCAUCGAGGGAUAUCGGGCGGUCUUGGCGGAAUCGCCCAAGAACUGUGUUGCGCUCAACAACCUAGGAGUGGCGCUACUGGCUCUUGGCCAGCAGGACGAGGGGUUGUCCAUGCUGGAAAAGUCCUUCGAGCUCGACCCCUUCGAACCGGACGUGUUAGUCAACCUCGGCAUACACUGGCAAGAGGACGGGGAUUUAGAUCGUGCUCGGUCGUUCUACACCAGAGCGGAAAGGUUGAGAAGAAACGAUGGUCUUCCCGUCCGCCGCGCCAUCAUGUUGCAACCCAUCAUGGCCGGUGAGCGAGAAAUCGCCCAAGAGAUCGAACAACUGGAACGAGCGGUGGACAAUUUGAUAGCACGCGAUGACCCUCCGUUGUCAAUGCCUGACCCUGCUCGGGGGGUGGAGCGUGUGCACUUCUAUCUCGUCUACCGGGGCGGGAACUACCGGUUGAUCCAACAGAAAAUCGCCAGGCUCGACGUACUGGUUUAUGCGGACAUGAACUCCGAGCCGAUUUCCCACUUUCUGGGGUACUCUCGCCUAGCGAGGGUGCAGGCCGUUUUCUGGGGCAACCCCAUCACCACCGGGAACCCUUCAAUAGACUACUUCGUGUCUACCGAGGUGAUGGAAGGGCAACACCGAACAGCGCUCUCUGACAAAGACGAACCCUACUCAGAGCAGAGUCUGUUCAAGCUCAAGCCUGACUUCGACCUGGUCCUGAGGGAUAUUCUCCUGGCCGUCAACAACAACCAAAACAACGGGCAGAUGCCCAACGGAGAAAAAGAAAAUAAAAAUAAAGCCUACUUGGUGCUCACGGAAGGACGUCGGAAACUGUGGACAGAGGCGUUCUGGCGACGGCUAAGCAGCUCCGUGCCGGAAGUACUCCCUCAGGUGAAGAUACUGCCACGGAUGUCGGCUGGAAAGGAGUUCCGCACCUUUCUGGCAUCGGCGGAUGUUAUUCUCCACCCCUUCCCGUUCGGAGGUUCGAAAACGGCGGCGGAUGGGCUUGCGUUGGGGGUGCCGGUGGUGGCUAUGGAGGGAGACGCCCUGCCAGGUCGGAUGGCGUUCAGCUUGUACAAGACGAUGGGUCUGGAACGACCAGGGGAUGGGGGGUGCUGCAUUGCGAAGAGUAGAGACAGCUACGUGGAGUUGGCCGUCCGGCUCGGGCGAGAUGCGGAGUAUCGUCGAUGGGCUGGGAAUCUCAUUGGUCAACGCUCGUCGGCCCUGUGGGAGAGGAGGGACGUGCUGCUGGAAUGGGCCAGGUUUCUCUCAAGGGCCGCCGGGCGAAUUUCGCCAACAGCGGAAGAGGUCAAUCUUGAGCAUGGAGCAGACCUGCCCCUGCCACCGGCGAAGCCGUUUGUUCGAGAACAACAACAGCAACAGUACAACCACCAACAACGAGAAGAAUCGCAGCAACAUCACCAAAAUCUUCAACUUCCGCCUUCCGAUGAACCGGUGGGACACAAUUCCUUCCACCGGCCGCCGGAAGUCAGGGUGCCCCCGCGAGACGUCUCUGACACCGCUCGGAAACACGAUAGCACCGCCAGUGGCGGCAGUCGAACUGAGGAAGACGACAGCCAAGAACACAACGACGGUUACACCGGUGAAGACGACGGCACCGGACAUGCGAAUGGCGGCGAAAUUUCGAUAAGAAAAAUCGCCAACAGCGACGCCGCCACAGCAGGAGGAGGAAAUAAUACCAACGACGCACGCAGUGGGUCUACGGUCGAGGCCACUGACAGGGGCUUGACGGUUGCCAUGGCAGUGAGUGCGGAGAUCGACAAUCGCGUCGAUGCUACGACCGGCACGGACGAGGACGAGGGCGAUCAACACGAACACCGACAACUUAUCUCCCACCUCCUGGAACGGUUUGCGGUACUCUACGGGCAGAGCCGGCUCGAAGAAGCCGCAGUCACCUCGCAACAGACUCUCCGCCUCAUGGAGGGUAUGAGAAGCAAGAGGAGAGAGAAAGUCGUCGCAGCCGCCCCUACAGAACACAAGAGCGCGGAAAAUAUGGCUGUCCGAGCAGAAAUACUAGACGGGGCGAACGAAAAUAUGUCCGGCCGGGGAGCAGACGACAAGGAAGGGGUUAUCAACAAUGAGGGUGUGGGUGGGUGGGGGGAAUCAAGGAGACGCCCAGCAGAUAUUGCGAAUCGUGAGCACGUCAGCUUAAGCUCUGGGGGGGAGAGAGGUUCUGACGAAAUUGUGCGCUUGGAGCUGGAGAAAGCGUCGGCGGAAGCAUCGGCCAUUGCCGGCGUGAUGAACGACCUAGGCUGUACGCUCCAACAGCUGUGGCGCUUGGACGAGGCGGAGUCAAUGCUCCGGGGUGCUAUCGAGAACCGGCCUGGCUAUCACUCUGCAAUGACUUCCCUUGGCGCGACCCUGCAAGCCAAGGAUCAGCUGGAGGAGGCGGAGUUGUGGCUCCGUGAGGCGCUACGGCUAUCCCCGUUAGACCAGAGAGACGAAGCCCUUGCCAGUCUGGUGCAGCUCAUCCAAGCAGGGGGCGGCCGACGUAAAGAAGCUGUCGACCUCAUCGUAAGGGAGACGUCGAUGCCCCCUCUACAUCAAGGAGGGACGAUCAUCGCAGUUUUAUCCCUCUUGCAACCGCGACCGAUUCACCGACACGUGUUUCGUAAGCUGGAGGAGCGAGAGGGUUGGUCGAAGGUGUUUGCACGCCCCCUCGGGCUUUGGGACGAGACGAAACGGCUGCGAGAGGUGUACCCUCUCUCGACAAAUAUUGUCGUCACUCUCCUGGGGUUCUCUGGGAGGUUGGGGGGUGCUCUUGACGUGUUGCGGGACGUGGCAGGCAUGGAACCGCUCUUCUCGCCGGAGGAUGAAAAGUCUCUUUUACCGAGAGAACUGCACACCAAGCACCAGGAGCACCACCGGCCGUACGACCGUCACUCGGUCCAUAUGAUCACGCAAUACUACGUACCUGAGGAUCCCCACCGUGCUCGCGAGAUUGAUGUGUGCUUGCUGCGCAAUAUUCAGAACCCUAUCAUUGGGACGGUUCACAUUUUCACCGACCACCCAGACGCGGUACGGCAACCAACGACGGGGACCAUCUUGGAGUCACCGUCAUCAGCCGAAACCGCACGACAUAGUCCGUCGCUCCAUCGCUACAGCAAUGAACGUGGAAGCCAUGACACGGACACCUCCUGCGCGGAAACCGACUGGAGACCGCCGGUUUUAAGAAGGCUCAACGCUACGCUAGCGGGGAAAGUACGGGUAGUGAGUACGUUGAAUGGCCGACGGAUGACGUUCCGAGAUGCGUUUCGAUACUCCAACGACGUCCUCGAUGGCCAGGUGGUGCUGCUUUCGAACUCAGACAUCAUGUUCGACGAAUCUCUGGCAAGACUGGGAGACCCCUCGACUCUGGACAUGGCCAACAAGGUAUUCGCCUUGGCCGCAUGGCAGAACCAGCCAAGCGAGGGGCCUGGCGAUGAUUAUCCCAACAUGGACCAUGGCGACCCCAAUAUCGACGAAGAUCCUGGCGCGAUGUAUGGUACCAUGAUUGGAGACCUCGAGUUCACACCGAGAACAGACAGCCAGGAUUCCUGGAUAUUCCGAUCUCCGCUACCGCCCGCAGUCGCUGAUGCCGCCAGUUUUGAGAUGGGCAGGCCACGGUACGUCGCUCGGCAACUAAAUUUGUUGCGCAGAGGUAGACCAGUGUGUUAG